UUAUAGCACAAAAGGCCAUUGCUCUUCAACAUGAGACUUCAUCACUUCCUCACCUCACACAGAAUGGCUCUCUCGCUUCUUUUAGUCUUCACCUUUCUUCAAGUCUUUACCAAUGUUGUUUCUGCUGCUUCAAAAGAGGAGUCCAAUGCAUUAGUUUCUUUACCUACGUCACCGACGUCCCCGGCAAUCAAACCACCGUCUCCGUCAUACAAGCCACCAUCAUUUCCUACUACUCCGAUUAAACCACCGACCAUUACACCACCAGUCAAACCCCCAACCACUCCGGUUCCACCCACAUCACCACCUACGUACAAACCUCCAACUGUUAAACCACCUACAACAACACCAGUUAAACCACCACCGGUUCAACCACCUUACAAACCCCCAACUCCACCGGUUAAGCCACCAACGUUAUCACCAGUCAAACCACCACCUGCCUACAAACCCCCUACACCAACGGUUAAACCACCAACAACACCAUCGGUUCAACCACCUAUGUACAAACCCCCAACGCCACCUGUUAAGCCACCCACGAUACCACCAGUCAAACCACCUACAGCGCCGGUUAAACCAACCCCAAUACCUCCAUAUAAGGCACCACCGGUCAAACCAACCCCACCACCGCCAGCUAAACCACCCGUCAACCCAAUCCCAUCACCUCCGGUCAAUGCACCACCUGUUAAGCCACCGUCCAAACCUCCGACACCGCCUCCCGUUAGACCUCGGAUAAAUUGCGUGUCUUUAUGUGGGACUCGAUGUGGCCAACACUCAAGGAAGAACGUAUGUAUGAGAGCGUGCGUCACGUGCUGCUACCGCUGCAAGUGCGUUCCUCCUGGCACGUACGGUAAUAAGGAGAAGUGUGGAGCUUGUUACGUCAACAUGAAGACACGUGGUGGCAGACCCAAGUGUCCUUAAACCUUUUUAUUAACGAUGGUUAUUAAUGUGAAAAGGGUAUCACUAAAUCAAUGAUGUUUGAGAAAAAAUGGUGUUUUCAUAUAAGUUUGCAAUGCGUUUUAUUUUUGUCCUUUAUUUGUUUUAGUAAUAUUAUUGAUACUAUCAGAA